CAAAAGCCAUUCGCAAUUUAAUUACAAGGUUUAAUUUUAUAAACAAACGUAACCUAAGUAUUUUGCCCACCGCUUUCUUAGGUUUUUAUUUAUAAUUUAAAAAAAAAUUUUUACCGAAACACACAAUUCUACGAUAUGUCCACUGGAAUGUUAUAUGGAGGCGAUGAAAUCGGUGCUUUAGUUUUUGACCCCGGUCACCAGUCGUUAAGGGUUGGUUAUGCACAAGAGGACACUCCAAAGGCCGAAAUUCCCUCUGUGGUCGGAGUAGCACCAGACACUUCAAUUAAAAUUGAGCCAGAGGCCAAACCAGAUGACUCCAAUGUUUCCACUAAUGUUUCUCAGAACAAAUACUACAUUGACACAACAUUCCUACAUGUACCAAGGCCAAAUAUGGAGCUUCAUAGUUAUAUGAAAGAAGGCAUGAUUGAAAACUGGGACAUGUUUGAAAAGAUUCUUGAUUAUUCUUAUGAUAAGAUAAUCCAAUCAGAAUCCCAGUACCAUCCUGUACUAUUCUCUGAAUCACCAUGGAACCAAAGGGCAAAGAGGGAAAAACUGACUGAGAUAAUGUUUGAAAAAUACAAAGUACCAGCAUUUUUCCUAGUAAAAAAUGCCGCUUUGGCUGCAUUUGCUAAUGGUAGAGCAACUGCUUUAGUGAUAGACAGUGGGGCCACACAUACAUCAGCAGUACCUGUAUUAGAUGGUUAUGUAAUCUCAAAUGCUGUAGUAAAGAGUCCUUUAGGGGGUGAUUAUUUAAUUUUAAGGGCAAGAGAGAUGUUAGAGUCAAUAGGUAUUGACUUAACUCCAUCUUCCCUAAUAGCUUCAAAAGAUGUGGUUAGGGAUAAGGAUAAGCCUAGAUUUACAAAGAAAAAGAUUAAUUUCCAGCCAUCUAACUCAUGGAUGACUUAUAUGGUUAAAAAAACUGUCCAAGAUUUUCAACAAACUGUUUUACAAGUCUCCGAAAGUCCAUAUGAUGAAAGGGUAGUGUCAAAUAUUCCUUCUGUCCACUACGAGUUUCCUACUGGAUACCAUCAAGAUUUUGGUUCAGAGAGGUUUAAAUUAGCGGAGGGCUUGUUUGACCAUGCAAUGUUAGGAGCUGGACAUAUAGCGGCUACUAGUGCAGGAAUGUGCGAUGUAGACAUAAGGCCAGCAUUAUACAAUUCAGUGGUGUUAACUGGUGGCAACUCCUUAGUCCAGGGUUUUAGCGAUCGCUUAAGUAGAGACCUUCAAUCGCGAACUCCCGGUUCGAUGAAAUUAAAAUUGAUCGCGGCUAAUGGUAGCGUAGAACGACGGUUUGGCGCUUGGGUGGGCGGCUCGAUCUUGGCCUCGAUUGGAACGUUUCAACAAAUGUGGAUGUCAAUGCAAGAAUACCAGGAGUCUGGGAAGGCGCAGAUUGACAGAAAGUGUCCGUGAAUUCUCUUUAUUUUUAAGUGAUACCUGUAUUUCCGUUCUUUUUUCUACUGACAUUGUUCAAUUAUGGAAGUAAAAGUAAUUUUUAUUGGCGAUACAGUUUUAUUUUUGUAUUGUAUCUAUUAAGCAACAUUUAAUAUUAUAGUACAUUAUGGAAUAAAGUUAAUUGUAAUAUUUA